ACCUCAUUUCAUCUUUCUUUCUGUCAUUCCUAUAAAAUUUUCCUUCGGGUUUUUCCUUUCCUAACCCCGAAAGUUAUAUUUUUGCGACCACUUUUCCUCUACCGCUUAUGCCGGACGGAGUGGAGGGUGUGGAGAGAGCCUUCUGCUUUACUGUCCUUUCUUCUACAAUCACCUUAGUAGUCCUAGGUCAGGUAACGUCGUAAGGAUCGCAAGGUCUGUUUUGGCCUGUUUUUCUAAGUAACUAUGGGACAAAAAAGUUCCUUAAAAUUGGAUUUAUUUGCCUUCAGAUAAAUUAUAUUAAGUAUCUCCAAACACUUCACAUUACAUUUCCGAUUGGAAUUUGUUCACACAAUUAGUAUUCAAUGAGAAAGCACAUCCUACAAGUACCCAAUGCUACCUCUGUCAAUACAUAAUCUUUACAUUUUACUCUGGACUGUUAGGAUCUAAAUUUGCGAAAACUUUGCAGCUUGCCCAUCUUGACCCUCUCUGGUCUGUGUCCCGUCCAUUGCCGUCUCCUACGCCUCACCAUACACAACGUGAUGUUAAAACGGCUUUUUGCACCAACAAGGCAUUCAUUGCUAGCAGAUUUAUUUUAUUGAGAAAGGGGUACUGAGAAAGGGUAUACCUACACCGGCCUAACACAGGCAGAAUAUAGAGAAAGGAUAUACUUACACCCGCCUAACACAGACAGAAUAAACUGCUAUGGCAUCAAGUGACAACAACAACAACAGCAAUUACUACACACUCCUCGGCGUGAGUCGCGACGCCACGCCCGAGGAAAUCAGGAAAGCGUACCGGCGGCUCGCCCUCCUCCACCACCCGGACAAGAACCCGGCCAGCGUGCGGGAGGCGACGGUCAAGUUCCAGCGUAUCCAGGCCGCCGUGGAGACGCUCUGCGACCCUAAGAAGAAAAACGCGUACGACAGAGAGUGCCGCCAGAAAGAGAAUAAGAGGAAGAGGGACGACAGCUGCAGGGAGAGGGAGCACAAGAGAAGGAGGGAAGAAGGGCAGCACGAACACAGCCAUCACACAGAACGAGGGAACGACAAGAGGAGAAGGAAACAGGAAGAGGAGGGGCGCAAGAGGUAUCAGAAGAGGCGGCGACGCCAAGCAAGAGUCUACAGUUCUGAUGAGGACGAGGAAGAAGAUUUACAAGACGACGUUCAUGAGGAAGAGAGCAGCGAGCACAGCGAAUGCACGGGAGAGAGUUCUGACGAAGAAGAGGAACGUGUGUAUGGGGCGUACGAACACGACCCAGAUUACGAGACGGAGACGGAUGAAGACUCCGCUUCCUGCAGCGACUAUGUGUCCGAGGAAUCGUCGGAGCUGGAGACUCCGUCCGAGGAAGAGUCUGAGCCAGAGUCUUCCCACGAGCAGGACUCCGAAAACGAACCCGAGUCCGAGGCGACGAGGGAGGCAGACAUAGAGGACGAGAGGGACGCCUCCUCCGAGCAAGACGAGAAGGAAGAACAGGAAGAGGCGGAACAUGAGGAAGAACACUAUGAAAGCAAAGAGUCUAAUGAAGAAGAGCGGCACCAACACAGGCAUGGAAAGAGAGAGACACUGGAGGAGGAUGAAGAAUUUAGGUAACUUAAUUUAGGUAAGAAGAGAGAGAAGAUUCCGAACACGAAGAAAGUAAUAGAGAAGGGCAGCACGAAGAUAAUCAUGACAAAAGAAAGAGAGAGAAGGAGGAGGAUGAAGAAGAGUUUAGAACACAUGGAAAGAAAAUGAGGGGACUGAGAGAAGAAUUCGAAGACGCUGAAAAUGAUGAAGGGCGGCACGGGGAGAGGCGUGACAAAAGAAAGAGAUAGGAAGAGGAUGGACAAGAGUUUACACACCGUAGAAAGAAAACGAGAGGAUACAAAGAAGAGUCGGAAUACAAAAAAACGGAUGAAGAAUCGGAAGACGAAGACUGACAAAAAAAGUAUGAAAACAAAGAACAGGAGAACGACUGUAAAUACGAAAAGAAGAAAGAAGAAAGAAGAGUCUGAAGACGAGGAAGAAGAAUCCGAAGAGGAAGAAGUCGAAUACGAAAAGGAAGAAUCCCAGUGCGAGAAUGGCGAGUCAGAAGAGGAGGCACAGGAGGCGUCAGAAGCUGAGGCGGAGGCGACAACAGACUGCGAGAUAGAAGAAGAGGAGGAGGAGGAGGACGGGCGUAAGAGGACACAUAAACGAAAGCGGAGCAGAUAGCAGGAAGGAGCUGGAGCCAGUAGGAAGAGCAGGUGAGGCUGAGCAGAGACACGCGAGCAAGAAGAACGACUAGGAGAAGAAGUGAAGAUAAGGAUAAAGAGUGAAGAGAGAAAGAGAAAGAUUUACCAGUGGUUCCCAAACUAGGGGUCAUAGGCCAACGGCGGACAAUACAGCAAAAUUUUGGGGCCACAAGCUGAGGCGAUGUACACAGAAAAAUCCCAAGGCCCACCGCACUACAACAUCCAGUCAGAAAAAAAUGAGGUGGAAUGAAUAAGAUUACAGGUAUUGGCAGAGUUUUUUUUUUUUUUAUAAUGGAGCAAAAUAAAUGUAGAACUACAGACUGUCACUACUCACGAGAUGGGGAUUGGGGAGGAGAAGGGCCAUGGAUGAGGAUGAUAUGUGAAAAUUGGGAAAAUAUCAGAAAAGUUUGGGAACCAGUGAUGUAGACAGUGAUAUCCCUCCAGAAACAGAAGCAAGAAAUGGAUGCAGAGUGUGAUAUCCUCCGAAGAAGAGGAGGAAGAGAAGGAUGCAGAGAGUGAUAUUCCUCGAAAAAGAAAAGCAAGACAUGAAUGCAGAGAGUGAUAUCCUCCGAAAAAGAGCAGGAAGAGAAGGAUGCAGAGAGUGAUAUUCCUCGAAAGAAGAAAAGAAAGAGAACGAUGCAGAAAGUGAUAUCCAUGCGAAGAGGAGUAGAAGGAUGCAGAAAGUGAUAUCCAAGCAAAGAAGAGGAGUAGAAGGAUGUAGAGUUAUAUCCUCCGAAAAUGAGGAGAAAGAAGAGGAGGCAUAGAGUGGUAUCCUCCGAAAAAAAAAGUAGGAAGAGAAGGAUGCAGAGAAUGGUAUUCCCAGAAGAGGAGGAGAAGAAGAAAGAUGGAGAGAAUGAUAUACCUUGAAGAAGAGGAGGAAGAGAAGAAAGUAGAGAGUGCUAAUCUUCGAGGAAUAGAGGAUGAAGAGAAGGAUACAGAAUGAAGAAGAAGAGGAAGAAAAGGAUAAAGAAUGAAAAAGAAAAGAAAGUGCAGGAUGCAAAGAGUGAUAUCCCUCAAAGAAGAGGAGGAAGAGAAGGAUGCAGAGUCAAGAAGAGGAGGAAGAGAUAGACGCAGAGAGAAGAAGAGAA